CUGCACUCUACGGCCUCCCUCUUCGCUGGGGAGCUGAUGGGAAGAAGCCGACUACAAAGACACCCAGUUGACCUGACUAGUUUUUCGUCUCUUUUUGCAUUGUGCGUCUCUCCGCGAGGGCCGCCUGUUUUGAACCCUUAGAAGCUCGACCAACGAAACAAUCACAUCCCGCAGCUGCUUGGCGGCCGCGUGCGACUUGCCUUCUCUUCGCUGUGCAUACUAUUUGCGCUAGAAAAGUAGCCCAUUUGAGCCUCAGGACUGUUCUUCCUUGUCGGUGUAGCUGGAUGCGGUAAUUCGGAAUGGACAACUACAAACUCCCUGAUCGCCUGAGUGCUUUCUCCAAGAAGAAACUCCCCAAGACGGUCAUCCUCUCAUACAUACUCGACUAUGUCAUAAUUCUCGUCCUCAUCGUAACCUUCUAUGCCCUUGAUGCCGUCGAGCCCUUCCACCAACCCUUUUCCCUACAGAACUAUACUCUCCACUACCCAUAUGCCGUGCACGAACGAAUACCUGUCCCUGAGCUAGUCAUUAUCGCGGUUGCUGCGCCCGCAGGCAUCAUCGCCAUAUAUACUUUGGUCAUCGAUGGAAUCUUCUCACACUCCAAGUCGAUGCCAUUGGAAGGAGGGCGAAGGAGACGGCUCACUGGCAGAUACAGGUUCAAGGAUAGGUUAUGGGAGUUGAACUGCGGUAUUUUGGGCUUGGGGUUGAGUGUUUGCGCCGCAUUUACAAUUACUGGAGCUCUAAAGAAUGCGAUUGGGAAGCCACGACCUGAUCUCAUCUCUCGGUGUCAGGUGCCAGGAAACUACACCGAGGAUCCGCUCAAACUAUCUACCCAUGAUAUCUGCACUCAAGAAAACAACGCCAUUCUGAAAGACGGGUUCAGAAGCUUCCCUUCAGGACACAGUAGCACUGCCUUUGCGGGCCUUUACUAUCUCUCCCUCUACCUCGCCGCAAAAAUGCACGUUCUGGAUUCCAAGGGAGAAGUCUGGAAGGCAUUCAUUGUCAUGAUUCCAACGCUGGCUGCCGCCCUCGUCGCUGGCUCCCGCAUCAUGGAUGCCCGCCACCACCCUUUCGACGUUCUCUCAGGUAGCUUUCUCGGCAUUCUUGUAGCCUGGGGUUCAUAUAGGCAGUACUUCCCGCCUGUGACGGAGACCUGGCACAAAGGCCGCGCCUUUCCGAUCCGCAGCUGGGGACGCGGUCCAAUGGGACCCCCGCGACCAGUCAUUCAACUUGAGGAGGAUGUGCAGCCCCUAAGGCCAGUACGAGCACCCACUGAUGAAGAAGUGGGCUCUGCAUCGGGCUUCUCCUCGCAAACAGUGGUUGGGGAUGGGCUUAAUGAGCAUGGGGGCAAUGUCUUCCGUGAACAGAUCUCGGCUUCACAGCGGCAGAGGCAGCAGCAGAAUGAUCAAUAUCCUGGAGGUCCUUCGUCACAAUACAGCAUGCAGAGAGGCGACAACCUAGGUUCAACGACAUCAACAAAGGCUUCCAAAUACCAAGCCCAAAUGCGCGCAACAAACCCUUUCGCCAAUGAGGCAGCAAGCCAUCACGACUCUUACGACUACUCAUCCUCAGAAGACGAAGAAAAUUACGAACUUCAACAGACAUACACCCUCUCAGCACCUCAAAGCGGAGCUGCAUAUAACCCGGUAGCCGGAACCUUUACGGAUACGGGAUACCACCCCCCAGCCGGAAUGACUCCGAACCCUAGCCCACCGCCGCCAGGCAAUGCCGCUGGUGCUCCAGCGCAUCUUCCUCCGACUGGAGACAUUGUCGACUUGAAUAGGGAGGCGGCGCCAGCUGUUCCACCACAUGCUGCGGGCACUACAUCUUAAACUGCACCUUUGGUGGCGGUUCCAGGAAGCUUAAAAGAAUUCCACACUGAAAGCGACGAUGAGGUUUGUUAUAACCGACAAGUCGCUUUCUUCCCGAAAUGAAGGACAUGGAAGUUUGUAUCUUCGAUCUCCAAGUAGGGUCUCCUUUGAGGCAUUCUCCGCCUCUCACAAGCGGAAGAAGUUUGACAGGUGCAUCUCAUGACGCAGUUUUGAUAUGAUAGAGAUUGGAGAAAAGAGCGAAAUUGGGUGGGGGGUACAAAUGUCCUGGAAUUGAUUAGGGUUGUGUGGAGCCUGGCGCCAUUGGAAUGGUAGCUACUACACCUUCGUGCAACAACCCAUGUUUUCGUUUUAUAUGUUCGAAAUUCUUUCCAUGCGCCUUGUUGAGGAUGCUCAGUGUUUAGCGAUGCAAACAGCGCUGGGAUAGAAGUUUAAUGCUGACUUG